AUGCUUUUCUCAACCGCAAUUAUAUCCACCGCCGCCUUUGGGCUGGCCGCUGCCUCUCCUCUUAUCAACCGGAGCCCAGGCGGUCCUUCCGUCAUAGCGGGCAAGGGCUUCUUCCUCGCCGUAGCGGGCGACCUGCGCGAGAUGGACCCGGAGAACGCCGACAACAACGCCUGGGUCCUCAGCCUGCAGCGCGUGGCGACGGGCGUCUACGCCUCCGUCAUCGAGCCGCGGAGUCGGGACAAGACCAAGAACCCCACCUUCUACCUCAACGGGACCGCCGGCGGCGAUCAGCAGACGCUGAACCUCGACGUCCCCGGCGCCUUCCCGCUGUCGGCGGUCGUGUCGUCGAGCGAGGACGGCGAGAACGUCCUUUCGUUCCGCAACAACGACGCCACCAAGGGCCUGACCACGUCCAAGCGCGCCACCGACGGUCUUCCCAUCCUGACUGGCCCGUCACCCGGCGGUUGGGCCGUCUGCAGGCGCGAUCUGCCCACCAGCACGGGUCCGGUCUCGGUCAUGAUGCCGCGUUUCGUCAAGGCGGAAGACAGCGCGCCCGAGGGCUGCGUGACUGUCGACUUGAUGGCCAUGUGCAACGAUCUGGCCGAGCUGCAGCCCACUGACGGCUGGAACCAUGACAAUGUCAGCGAGAUCAAGUGUGUGGCCAAUUAG